CACAGUCUGUGUAGAAAGGUAGGAAGUUAAACCCCAUCUCAAUUCAUUUCUUUUAAGCUGGUAUUAAGAAAUGAAAUGUAAUAAGGUUUAACGUCCUACUUACCUGUACAGAAUGGGCUAAUGAAGAGGCCGAUAUUGAGAAUAAUAAAUUCUUCCACACCUAGUAUUAUGACACAUAUUCUAGUAUUACGGCUGGAUUCUUUUCCUUCUUGUCACUUGAUAUGUUUGCUCCCGCUUUAUAACCCAUAUAAUAAUAAUAAUAGUGUGUAUUUAUAAUGCACACAUUCCAUUCGUGUAUGCGCAUGGCGCAAUUGCCAGCUCUUCACAUAUACAUAUAAUAAGGGAUAUGGAAACAUCAAGAAUAAAUACAUCGCGGCACAGGGACCUAAUGAUGUGAACAUCAAUGAGUUUGUUAGGAUGCUUUGGGAUGUUAAAACAGGAAAGAUUGCUAUGGUUACUAAUCUACACGAAGCCGGUGGUAUGAAAUGUUUAAAAUACUGGCCCACGAUCGGCAAGGUAAAGACUUUCAGAAAGAUAAAAAUUGAACUGAUUGAAGAGGAUGUAUUGGCCCAUUUUACUAUUAGGACAUUGAAAAUAACGAAAGAUGGAUGUGGAUCUCGGACAAUAAAACAUUGUCAUUAUACAUCAUGGCCUGAUAAAGGUGUCCCUACUGAUAUGGCGUCAUUGGUAGAAUUCAGAAACAAGAUACUUAAAGUCAAAUCACCACAACCAGGACCAAUGGUGGUACACUGUAGUGCUGGUAUUGGACGAACAGGAACAUUCUUAGCUUUAGAUUAUCUGAUAGAAGAAGGUAAAGCUGAAGGUUCUGUUGAUGUGUUUAAAUGUAUUUCACAGAUGAGAAGAGAAAGAGUGAAUAUGGUUCAAACUGAUGAUCAGUAUGUAUUUCUACAUGAAGCUAUAUUAGAAUGGUAUAUAGCUGGUGAUACUACAACUACUGUUACAGAUUAUCAAGGUGUUUAUCAAGAUCUUCUUAAAGUUAAACAAAGUUCUGGUAAAUGUGAACUAGAAGAAAGGUUUGAAAUGAUGGGCCAGGUUUGUCCAAAAUAUACAGACGCUGAUUAUUGUACAGCUUUACUGAAAGAAAAUAAAAUUAAAAAUAGAGUGCCAACAAUAUUAGCGUAUGAAAAUACUAGAAUACUUUUGACGAUACCCGUUCCUAAUACAUCAGAUUAUAUCAAUGCUGUUUAUAUACCAAGUUACAGAAAGAAACGAGCUUAUAUAUUAACACAGACACCAUUACCUAAUACUGUUAUAGAUUUCUGGAGAAUGGUUGUUCAAAAGGAAUCUCAAACAAUCGUUCACAUGGAUCAUGGACAAGAUAAAACUAAGGGUAUUGGUCAGUAUCUACCAAGAGAUAAACCACUAACCUGUGACCCCUUUACUAUAACUAAAACAGAAGAAAUACAACAUGAGUUUUAUACAAUUAUAACAUGUCAGGUUACAAGUACGUCACAAGAUAAUGAGAUAGAUCAUACGGUUAGAAUCUACCAGUGUACAUUCUGGAAAGGUGAGGAAACCACACCUAAAUCAUCUACUCCAUUUUUCACCCUGUUGGAACACAUUCAGUCAUGGACAUAUGAUCAAAAAGAAAACCCAAUUAUUGUACACUGUCGAAAUGGAGUGAACAAGGGAGGACUAUUCUGUGUUCUGGCAGCCAUUUUAGAACGACUAACUUUAGAACAAGACGUCAGUGUGUUACAGACUAUAAUACAGCUUCGAGUAUCCAGACCACAGAUUAUUACUUGUUACGACCAAGUGAAAUUUUGUUUCGAUUCUGUUGGUAAUUAUCUGGAUAAUUUCUCAAUGUAUGCCAAUUCUUGUUGAUUAUAACUAAAUUAUAAUAUGUAUCGUAUAAUCAGCCAAUUCUUAUUUAUUACUUUAGUGGGAUGGUGCCAUUGUUAUAUAUUUGUUUGGGAUUUUUUUUUCUUUUCUGCUUUUAUGUAGAUGUUAUGCUUUGUACAAGUUUUGUUUUAUUAUUUAAAGUUUAUACUAAUCAAUGUCCACAUAAUGUAUACAUAGCUAUCUUGUAAUUACAAGAUAGCUAUAUUGUAAUUAUAGGGUAAUCAGACUUUUGUUGGGGUUUUUUUUUUUCAUUUUUUUAUUGACCCUAAUAGUCUUCCGUACUUAGGUAUGUGCUGAAAUGAUUAUAUUUUUUUAUGCAUAUUAUGUUUUAUAAAUAUUUUCAAUAUAUUAUAUUUUGAUAAGACUAUUAUAUUUGGUUAAAAAUAUUAUAUUUGGUUAAAAUAUCAUAUUUGGCUGAAACUAUUAUAUUUUGCUAAACCAUUAUAUUUAGUUAAAACUAUUAUAUUUUGCUAAAACUAUUGUAUUUUGCUAAAACUAUUGUAUUUUGCUAAAAAUUUUAUAUUUUGUUAAAAACUGUUAUAUUUUGCUGAAACUAAUAUGUGUUAAUAUCAUUUAAAGUAGUUAUGUCUCUAACUCAAUAUCAUCCAAAAUCUUCGACAUUGAAAACACGAAUUAUUUGUCAAUUUACAUCAACAUUGAUGUUGUGAUCUUACGGGGAAAAGAUGGCCUUCUGAUAUCCAAUAAUUAAGACAAAAUAAACAUUUUACCGUUGGUACACGAAUCGUGUACCAUGAUGCAUUUCAGUGUCAUUUUUAACAAGGGACUCGUAGAAAGAGGCUAGAUAUAUUCCACAAGUCAUGUCGAACGGUGACGUCAUAUUCUUAUCUGGAGAGCACGCGCAAUAAAUACUAUCGGUAUAGAGUGGAAUAACCAGACGUUAGAGAUUGCCAUUGGAUUGAGACUUCUGGCAUAUUUCGCGGAACAUAACUGAUUAGAAAUUGCAGUAAAACAGAAACGAUUGAAUGUAAAUUAGUUUAUAUACAUUUACAUUAUAUUAUUAUAUGUGUUGCGACCCAUUUGUGUCAAUUUCUAGAUCCAAAAUAUUAGCGAGUUAGCUCCUUAAAAUCCACAUUAUUUAAACUAUAUUUUGUUUUGUUAUAUCCUUUAUAUUUUGUUAAAUCUAUUAUAUUUUGCUAAAGCAUGUUUUAUAAGAAUAAACAUAGACAUGUUAAAAUACCAAAAUAAAAACGAAGUCACUAUGUACCGUUCAGUAUGAAUACUGGGUCUGAAGCAAAGUUAAUUUUUUUUUUGUUUCCAUUUGAUUUCUUUGUGAGUAGAUAAAAACAAAGUUUGUACAACACCAGAAAAUUGUGAGUUUAUAGUAAAUAUUAUCGGGGUUUAUUUUUCUUCAUUUUUUUUUAUUUCAUAUUGUAUUUUAUGCCAUUUGUAAAUUAUUUUAUUAGCUUAUUUUAAGUUAUGAUUCGGUGCUUCUUUUAUUUAUUUGAAUUAAAUAUUUUUACUUUGUUUAUGUCACAUGUUUUUUUGUUAAAUAAUAGUUUUUAAGUUAUAAGUAGUAUAUAUUUCCAGGAAUUACUGUCUCUUUCAUUGUGGAAGGCAUGCAUGUAGGGACGGGUUACACAGUAAACCAACCAAAAUUAAACCCAAAUUAUUUUAUAACUGUUAGUUGAGCUAACUUUUUCUCUAUCAUGAGGUUCUUACCUACAUACCUGCACCCUUCAGCAUAAGGUCAUCAAAGAUAAUCAUAUUUUUAAAACAUUGGUCCAAGGAUUAUAAUGAAUGUUGUGUUCACUUGUAAUUAACAUUCUAAAGUAAAUUUUGUCCAGUUGAAGUUUACAUUAGUGUUAUUGCGUAUACCCCCAAUUCUAACGUAAGUUAUAUUCAUAUUAAGUUCACAUUAGUGUUUAUCCCGUAUGCUCCAGUAAUAUUUGAUUUAAUUUGUAUCCACUAACAUCUACGGACGGAUAUUAUUUAACCUGUCUAUAAUACUGUACCCAGGAUUAUUUGGUGAUUAGUUAAUUUAAACUAUUAUUUUCUUUUACAUAUUUUAUCUAGAUGUAAAGAUUUUAAAUUUAAAAUAAAUCUUAAGUUAUUAUUAUUUUUCGAAGAAAAUAAAAUGCUGUAAAUUAUA